AUGGACGCCACUAUAGCCGACCCGGGUUGUUGGCAAGGAGAAAAUGUCGAUGAGAUCGAGCAUCUGCUUAAUUUCGCUGGUCCAGUCAACAACGGAACCAAUGCGAGGAACACGAACAGGUCGAGACCUGGCAGGCCGCUGGCCUGCACUAGAUGCCACGCCCAGAAGCUCCGAUGUGUUCGUUCGAAUCUUGAUCCGCAUGCCUGCAAUCGAUGUCUGUCUGCGACUCUUGAAUGUGUCGAACGACGGCCGCAACGGAUGGGCAGACCAGUGGAUGUCGGUACACAAGUAUCUCAAUCUCGAAUUCGAUCAAAACCCGGUCUAUCUCAAAGUAGCAACAUCGAUAAAACACUGUGGUCUCCUAUACGUACAGGAAGGCGACAGAGAAGCAUUGAUAUUGGCCCCUCGAGCGCGUCCCCAUCUGAUAUACGACUUGGGUUCGACUGUACCACAACGCCGUUUGUAGAUGACGGUGCGUCCGGUCUUGAGUGGUGGACAAGAUGCUUGAUUCCCGAGGAACCAUCUUUUUCCUAUAGCACCGAAGGCAGUACCCAGACUGUCGACAGCUUUUUGAUGAUGUCAGAUCAAAAGGCGGAAGAAAUGAACUUCGGUUUGUCGUUUGUCGAUUCCGAAUCCAUGGGUCUCUCCGACAAAGCACAUGUGGACCGUCUAUUAAAACCCAACGGCAAAAGCAAGUCUUCAUUGGAAUCUCAUGAGAUGUUGGACAGUGGACCGAACCUCGAAUGUGUUCUCGACGACCCUGUCGAGCAUCUAUCGAACGUACACCUCAAACUCUACAAAUGUCUCACAUUGGCCAAGUCGGUGGAGAAGCAGAUCAAACGUCAGCUUCGUGAAAUGCCAAAGCCGCCCACAGAGCCCAUCGAUACAAGUUGGUCUGAACAUUUAUUUCACACGACGGAAGUUUUCAUAAAAGCUCUGGCAGCUUAUGCCAACGGCGUCAAUCCUAGCGCGGACAACAUCAGCGACAUCGACAUGAUGAGGGACGGGCUGGACACGGAAAAAAUUGUCCAAGUCGUCGAUACGGCAACGGGGCUCAUGAUUGUGAGUAGCUAUGUGCGUCUGCUGCAGAUCUUCGAUGUCUUGGUUCUUGCACUCGAGAAGUCGCUAGACAUUGAGUUCCCCAGUGGGUAUGUCCAGAUUCGCUUUGGCGACUUCGUACCCACUGCGAACAAGGCUUUCGGCAGCCGCUUACUCGGACAGUACCUGCUGCAUCUACUGAAUAGCAUGUCGGAAGUGGUUGGUAGGAUCGUGGCAUCGCGUCAGCCCUAUGCUAAAGCCGUUAGUGACAGUCGAACGGUUGGGGCGGAGCUGAAGGAACGCAUAUUGUCAUUAUUGCAGUAA